GCUUUAGUGGAAACCCGGCAGCCGAGGAGUAGCUAGCGUGCAAUACAGCUCACUGGAGCGCCCGCCAGCCCGCCCAGGAGAGCGGCGGCCAGAACAGCCAAAGCAGCAGCUGCAGCCGCCUCUGACUCCGCUGUGGGGGCAGCAGAAAUGAUGAGCACGGUGCGCGGCCGAAGUUGACUAGCCCUUGGCCGCUCCCCUCUAAGCUUUAGAGUUGGCUGUGCCUGCUGUGGGGGGAAGGUGUCCGGUCUCAUCCCAGCCCCUGCUGCCACCCAGCAACUGCAAUCGGAGGAGCCUCCUGUGCGGUGUGGGUGGGCAGUAGGAGCUUCCCCCGGAGACCCCGGAGAAGAGAGGGGGUGGGGAAGUUGUUUCCCUCACUCUGCCCCCCCCCCCACUGAGGAUCUAUAGCCCAGCGGGAAGAUUAUUGGGCUCUGGAUGCCCGGGACUUGGACCCUGAGCCCCUGACAGCCGGGCUGCAGAGGGGUGAAGUUUUUUUGCACGCCGCGGAGAUCAGGGCCACCGAGUCGUUCCCAGGGUCUCGCGGAGAGAUGCCGAUGGGGGGCCUGUUGCCCAUGUUCAGCAGCCCCCCCGGGGGCGGGCUGGGUGGUGGGGGCGGCGGCGGUAGUAGCGGCUUGGGCAUCAGGAAGGUAGCCGGGCCGGGUGCUUUCCGUCUGACCGAGAAGUUCGUCUUGCUGCUGGUGUUCAGCGCCUUCAUCACGCUCUGCUUCGGAGCGAUCUUCUUUUUGCCGGAUUCUUCGAAGCUGCUCAGCGGUGUCUUCUUCCACUCCAACUCGGCUCUUCAACCAGCUUCCGACCACAAGCAGGGGCUUGGCUUGGGCAACAUCAAUGCAGGCGGGAAGGGGGAAGAGGGGAGCGAAGGUGAGAGGGCAGCGGCUGCUGCCGCGGCCGCUGCUGCUGCGGACAAUUUGGCCAAGAUUCGAGAAGACCACGAGCGAGCCUUGAGAGAGGCCAAGGAGACGCUGCAGAAGUUGCCCGAGGAGAUUCAGAGGGAUAUUCUCCAGGAAAAAGAGCAAGUUCUCCAAGACAAACUGCUCAAUAAAGGGAAUGCCGGUGGACUGCCUCACCUGGACUUCCGCCCUUCUAUCGGGGCUCUAGGGCGGGAGCCCACCGACCCAGAAAUCCGUCAGAAGAGGGCAAAAAUCAAAGAGAUGAUGAAACAUGCUUGGGAUAAUUAUAAACUUUAUGCCUGGGGAUUAAAUGAACUGAAACCUAUAUCAAAAAAAGGACAUUCAAGUAGUUUAUUUGGCAACAUCCAAGGAGCAACAAUAGUAGAUGCCCUAGAUACUCUCUUUAUAAUGGAAAUGAAAGAUGAAUUCAAGGAGGCAAAAGAGUGGAUUGAAAAAAAUUUAGAUUUUAAUGUGAAUGCUGAAAUUUCAGUUUUUGAAGUGAAUAUACGUUUUGUUGGUGGACUUCUCUCAGCUUACUAUCUCAGUGGAGAAGAGAUAUUUCGAAGGAAAGCAGUGGAACUUGGAGAAAAAUUACUUCCUGCAUUUCAUACUCCCUCUGGAAUACCUUGGGCAUUGCUGAAUUUGAAGAGUGGGAUUGGUCGAAAUUGGCCUUGGGCUUCUGGAGGAAGCAGUAUUCUGGCAGAAUUUGGAACCUUGCAUUUGGAGUUUGUACAUUUGAGCCAUUUAUCUGGGAAUCCAGUCUUUGCUGAAAAGGUGUUUGGAAUUCGAAAUGUUCUGAACACACUGGAUAAACCACAAGGCCUUUAUCCCAACUAUCUAAAUCCCAAUAGUGGACAGUGGGGUCAACAUCAUGUAUCAGUUGGAGGACUAGGAGAUAGCUUUUAUGAAUAUUUGCUGAAGGCAUGGCUAAUGUCAGACAAGACAGAUUUAGAAGCUAAGAAAAUGUAUUUUGCAGCCGUUCAGGCCAUUGAGACUCAUUUAAUCCGGAAAUCCAGUGGUGGUCUGACCUACAUUGCAGAGUGGAAAGGUGGCCUCUUAGAACACAAAAUGGGUCAUCUGACUUGUUUUGCUGGAGGCAUGUUUGCGCUUGGUGCAGCCUGUGCUUCUCCAGAGCUAACACAGCAUCACAUUGAACUUGGCGCUGAAAUCGCUCGCACAUGUUAUGAAUCAUAUAACCGCACUGCAAUGAAACUGGGACCAGAAGCUUUCAGAUUUGAUGGUGGAGUGGAAGCCAUUGCUACGAGGCAGAGUGAAAAAUACUACAUCUUGAGACCUGAAGUGAUUGAGACUUAUAUGUACAUGUGGAGAUUAACCCAUGAUCCAAAGUACAGAAAAUGGGCCUGGGAAGCUGUUGAGGCACUGGAAAAACACUGCCGGGUAGAUGGAGGCUAUUCUGGCCUCAGGGACGUUUAUCUAAAGCAAGAGAGUUAUGAUGAUGUACAGCAGAGUUUCUUCCUGGCAGAGACCCUGAAAUAUCUCUAUUUGCUGUUUUCUGAUGAUGAUCUCCUUCCACUGGAACAUUGGAUUUUUAACACUGAGGCUCAUUUUCUACCAGUUCUCCACAAGAAUAAUCAGGAGGUGGAAGAAAAUCACAAAUAAAAAAGAUUCUGAACGCAUUGUUUUGCUGCAUUCCUUUAAUUUCCCUACACACCUUGAGAGUACCCUUUCUUUUAUUCCAGGCACAUUGCAAACUUUUAUUAUAAUUGGUGUGGUUCUUCUGAGUUCUAAACAAAUUGUUUUGCAGUCCACUAUAUUUAAUAGGAAAUAUUUGUAAUUGGACUUAAAUUCUUCAUUAUGUCUUCAGUUCAUCUAGCCAAUUGAGCCACUCAAAAAGAAGAAGAAAAAAAAAAGAAAUUUGCCAUCUCUAGAAUUUAUGAGGUUGUUGAGUCACUUUUGCCAAACUGAAUAAGUGGGUCUUAAGGUUUAAGGUGACCUGUUUACUAUAAUUUUAAUUUGACUGCAAAAAAUUUUUCCUCCUCUAUGAGGAGAUGAUGUCUGCUUUAAGCUGUAAUAUUUUGCCAUGUUGCAAAAAGCCAUAAUAAAUUAAUUAUUAAAACA